UCAGUCGGCUGCAGAUAACGUGGAUACAACAAGUGCCGAUCAUGUUUGUAUAUAGCAAAAUAAUUAUUUUACUGACCGUCGCUGUGAAUUUUUGCUAUGGAUAUAAAGUGCUUGUGGUGUUCCCGAUACCUGGAAGGAGUCAUUCGAUACUCGGAGAGGGAUACGUCAAGCAUUUAUUGGCAGCUGGACAUGAGGUGACUUACAUAACUCCUUUGCCUGUGAAAGAGCCGCACCCGAAGCUACGUCAAGUGGAUGUAUCGGAAAAUUUUAAAUUUAUGCCUACAGAUAUUUUCAACGUAGAGAAGUUUAUGACCAAGGAAAUAGAUUUACAGGACUAUUUCCUAUUCCAUGGUGUGAUGCACGGUGUGCUAUACAAAACGUAUCAACUGCCAGUGAUACAGAAGUUUAUAAAUGACCCAAAGGAACAGUACGAUGUUGUAGUGAUUGAGUGGCUUUACUCAGAGUUAUCUAGUGGGUUUUCCUCGGUGUUUAACUGCCCGUAUAUCUGGUCGUCAUCAAUGAUUCCUCACACAGCAGUACUCUCUCUGAUAGAUGAUCACGUGAACCCAGCCUAUAACGUACACCAUUUAUCUCGGCAUUACACAACGACCUUCUGGGACAGAUUGCAGCACUGGUACUUCAUAGCUAAACUUAGUUAUUACAGAUGGUCAGAACGCAACGAAUACAAUGAAUAUUUCAAGAACAUAUUCGGGCAGGCAACAAUCAAGAGGGGCAACCAGCUGCCACAUUUUGAUGACGUCAGAUAUAACGGCUCUAUGAUGCUUGGUAACUCUCAUGCGGUGACGGGAGAUGGCAUCGCUUUACCAGAAAACUAUAAACAUAUUGGAGGUUACCAUAUCAAAGACACCGAACCAUUACCAAAGGAUUUGCAAAAACUGAUGGAUGAAUCAAAGAACGGUGUGAUCUACUUUAGCAUGGGCAGUAUGCUGAAAGGCAGCGGUAUACCGGAGGCAACCAAGAGGAAACUUCUGGACAUGUUUAGCGAACUGAAGCAAACUGUGAUUUGGAAAUUGGAAAAAGUUAUUCCGAAUGUACCAGAAAAUGUGCAUAUUGUCACUUGGGCUCCACAGCCAGGUAUAUUGGCACAUCCCAACUGCGUGCUCUUCAUCACGCACGGGGGCCUUCUGUCUAUAAUGGAGACAUUGAACGCUGGUAUACCCAUAAUCGGAAUGCCAUUCUUCGCUGAUCAGUAUGUUAAUAUCGAGAGAGCAGCUGCCAAAGGAUUUGGAAUGGCAAUGGAUUUUAAUGAAAAGACGCCCGAUCUUCUGCGAGAUGCUAUAAAGGAGAUGGUGGAAAAUCCUAGCUACAAACAACGCGCGAAGGAAUUUUCUGCCAUCUUCAAAAACAAUAUUGUUACUCCGGGACAGCAACUGGCCUACUGGGUCGAAUACGUGAUUGAAACUAAAGGAACAGUCCAUCUUAGAUCUCCAGCAAUACUUGCCAGCUGGUACAAAAAGUUCCACAUAGAUAUAGUCUUCGUUUUUGUAUUAGGAUUCAUUUUAGUCAUUAAACUUUGUAAAUCUCUGCUAAUGUUAAUUAAAAUAGACGACAGUCAGAAGAAGAAAAAAUCUUAACUUAUUGUAUGUGUAAAUAAUAAGUAAUUUAUUAUUGUUAUUUUAUUACAAUUGGUGACACAGAUUUUGGGUUUUGUAGUUGAAUAAAGUUAGCGAAACAACACGAAGCUUUGAAUAAAAACUUUACCUACGGCAGUGUUAGCAUGAGCAGGAGACAAUUAUCUCCCCGGGGAAAGGAUACAAAUUUAUCUUCUC